AUGUAUGGCGACGACUGGUCGAACAAAGAAAUCUUUCUGCAGGCCACUGGGCUACACAAAAAUUCUGACCACAGUAAUCCCAGACACGUCCUCAUCUACUGGGUGAACGCCGCUCUUAGCGGUGGUAUUGAAGUCUGGGAUAUCACCCAGCUCGAGAUGCACGGACUCUGGCACCAGUACCAUUACCCCAACGCGCUUAAAGUCAACACAAGGGAACGCUCUCGAAACCAGACAAUAUCCUUGGGAAUAUUCACACCAGAGCAACGCGAGCAGCUGCUUGAGCUCGCAGCGGAUGUAGAAUAUGAUCAAAUCACCACCGAAAGUCGCGUCUGGAUGCGUGACCUCCUUCGCGAAGAUGGUGGAAGAAAAGCUCAUCUCUCAUCGUUUAUUUAA